AUGGGGAGACCAUGGGAUCUGUCCGUGGUACAUAGCCUAGUGGUAGUUACUGUAUUGGCAUGUGUCUUGUGUGAUCCGUCAUCGUUACUGUCUGAUAUUCCUGUAUCAAGACCUAAUGAGGGACUUUCAACAGCCUCAGACACUUUAGCUAAAGAAGGGGAGGCAAUCAGCUUGGAUGGUCUAAGCGUUGAACAGUUGAAGCAAGCACGGGAACAUGCUGAAAAACGGCAGUUUGAGGCUGAGGUUGAUCGCAUGAUGAAAAUAAUAGUUAACUCUCUGUACAAAAAUAAGGAGAUCUUCCUUAGAGAAUUAAUAUCAAAUGCAUCAGACGCUCUGGAUAAGAUUCGCGUUCUUUCGCUUACUAACAAUGAAGUUCUUAAUGAGUCUGACGAAAUGAGUAUCCGAAUAAAAGCCAAUAAAGAUGCACGGACCCUUCAUAUAAUAGACACAGGCAUAGGCAUGACAGAAGCUGAACUUACCUCUAACUUGGGAACCAUUGCUAAGUCUGGAACAUCUGAGUUCUUGACUAAGAUCUCACAAACUAAUACGGCCACAGAAAAUUCUGACCUUAUUGGCCAGUUUGGUGUCGGGUUCUACUCCUCUUUCUUAGUUGCAAACAAAGUUUUAGUUGUAUCCAAGAGUGAUAAUGAUGACCAAUAUAUCUGGGAGUCCAAUUCCACUUCAUUCGUAGUUUACAAAGACCCACGUGGAAACACCCUUAAACGUGGGACUGAAAUUGUCCUUUACUUAACGGAGGAGGCAGAAGAUUAUUUACAAUCCGAGACUCUUAAAGAAGUCGUGAAAAAAUACAGUCAGUUCAUCAAUUUCCCCAUUUAUGUGUGGUCGAGUCGAGUGGAAUCGCAGGCUGCUGAACCCGAAGAAAAGGAGGAGUCAAAAGCAGUUGAUUCUGAAGCUAGCGUUGAAGAAGAAAGUGGAAAAAAAAGUGAAAGCAAGACCGUAGACAAAAUCGUCUGGGACUGGGUACGUGUGAAUGCAAAUAAACCUAUCUGGAGACGCAAACCGGCCGACGUUACUGAUGCGGAGUACAAUGAUUUAUUCCGUGCCUAUUCAAAUGAUAAUGACGAUCCUCUCGCCAAGAUUCAUUUCAGUGGUGAGGGAGACGUGUUAUUUAGUUCAAUACUGUAUAUACCAAAACAUCUUCCCUCUAACAUAUUCCAGAUGCACAGUACUCAUAGCGAUAGGAUCAAGUUGUACGUUCGUCGUGUAUACAUUUCUGACGCAGCCGAUGAUCUGCUUCCUAAAUACUUGGCAUUCGUUUUUGGUAUAGUGGAUAGUGACGAACUUCCUCUAAAUGUUUCUCGUGAAAUGCUGCAGCAAAACAAACUCCUUAAAAUGAUAAAGAAAAGUUUGGUCAAGAAAGUAAUCCAGAUGAUUAGCGAACUUUCUGAGUCUCAGUUUAAAGAUUUCUGGAAGGAAUACUCUGUGAACAUAAAACUUGGUAUAAUUGACGAUCUUUCAAAUCGCAUCAAGUUAUCCAGGUUGUUACGGUUUUGGACUUCAAACAGCACUGAAAACCAAUCAAGUCUUGCAGAUUAUGUUUCACGCAUGAAAAAUGGUCAAGAAGAUAUAUACUACCUUACCGCAUCUUCAAUAACUGAGGCUAAGUCAUCUCCAUUUGUAGAAAUGCUAAUCAAGAAAGGCUAUGAAGUCAUUUAUAUGAUCGAUCCUGUUGACGAGUACAUGCUUCAGUCGCUAACUGAAUAUGAUAAGAAAAAGUUGCGAAAUGUGGCAAAGGGAACGAUCGAAAUCGACAAAUCGGAAGAAGCAAAGACUCGUAAAGAAGAACUAGAAAAAGAAUUCAAACCUCUCUUGGAAUGGUUUAAAGAAAAUUUGAAAGAAUAUGUCGAUAAAACUGCCUUGUCAGAAAGAUUAUCGAAUACCCCAUGUGCUCUUGUCGCUAAUGAAUUCGGUUGGUCCGGUAAUAUGGAGCGCAUUAUGAUUGCACAAGCAUAUCAAAGGGGUGGAGAUCCAUCAUCUACUUAUUACUCUACUAUGAAAAAGGUCUUUGAAAUUAACCCACGCCAUCCAGUAAUGAAAAAGUUAAACGUUCUUAUAAAGACCAAUAAAGAUGAUCCUACAAUAAGUCAUACUGCGAAUUUGCUCUUCGAUGUUGCGGUCCUUCGUUCAGGUUUUUCUGUUAAGAACCCUGUUGCUUUCGCAGAACGAGUUGAAUCUGUUAUAAAGAAAAGUUUAGAUAUUGAUCAAAGCGAGUUGCUGGACGAAGAACCUGAGACUGAUGAGGAAUCUGUAACGGAUGAAGUGAAUAAAGAGUCGGUUUCAAAUGAAGAUUCAACGAAUGAAAAGUCAGAAGCAUCUUCGCAAAUUGAUAUACAUAGUUUUACUGAUUUGUAUAACAAUGAAAAUAAUUGGGAAAUGAACAAAACAAAAACAAAUCAAUUUUCGGAAUUCAAUCAAAUUACUGAAUCGUUUGAAAACAGUAUUACUCCUACUUUCGUUACAACAUCAGAUUGUCCAACAUGUCGUCGACUUUUAGGAUGUAGUUCACGAGUUCAUAGUCAUCAAACUGACAGAAAUUCUAAAGUGGAUCAAAUUGAUAACAAUGAAAAUGAUGACCAAGAUGAAGAUGAUUACAAUGAAUCUGAAACAACAGGAAUGAUCAAUGAUUCUGGUAAUGAUGACGAUGAUUAUGAUGGGGAAGAUAAGGAUGACGAUUUCGGGAAUUAUCUAGGUGUAAGGAAAUUAAUGGCAGUUAAAACAACAACUCCUACUACUUCAUCUAAAUCGAAAUCUCACUCAGAAACGGCUACUGGACAUACAAAGAAUAAGAAAGUUCCAUCAAAAACAGCAACAAAUGUAAAGACCAUUUCUAAAACACCAUCAUCCAAAUUAUCAGAAAGUUCUAGAACAAAACAACCCAAGGACAAACCUUCUUCUACUCAUCAUCAACAAAAUCAACCAGACAAGUUAAAAUCAUCCACAUUAGCAACAUCAAAGCAUGCAGAAGAUCAUCACUCAAAGAAGGCAGCGCAUAAAACUGUUCCGUCACAUGAUAAAUUAAAAACACCAGUCCCAACAAAUAAAAACCCUAAACCAUCUACACAAAAAUCGAAACCAGUACGAAUUAUUGGAAAUAUAAACGAUCAUGACUGUGAUGGUAUACCAGAUGAUAUUGAUGAAGAUAUUGAUAAUGACGGUCUUUUGGACCGAACACAAGAUUCCGAUUGGGAUGGAUUAUUGAAUCAUGUUGAUGAAGACGAUGAUAAUGAUGGUAUCCCUGAUAUUGAAGAUGAAGAUGCUAAUGGUGAUGGAAUACCAGACUGCCGUUCUGAUGUUUCUGACUUAAAACUAAAAGUAAGAUAUAAGAAGAAAAUGCGUAAGGUUGAUAGCGAUUUCGACGGUGUUCCAGAUGAUGUUGACGGAGAUGAUGAUAACGAUGGUAUUCCAGAUAUUAUGGAAGAUGAGGACAAAGAUCAAAUUCCUGAUUUUUUAGGACUUACUCGUGCUGAUUUUUUAAAGGGUGUCAGUACUAAAGAAUUAAACAGACGAAUGAAUAAACGUGGUUGGUUUGAUCAUGACUGUGAUGGUAUUCCAGAUAAUCUCGACCCAGACGAUGAUAACGAUGGGUAUUUCGAUUCAAAACAAGAUAGUGAUCGUGAUGGUAUCCUGAAUGAAUUCGAUGAUGACGAUGAUAAUGAUGGAAUACCAGACAGUGAAGAUCCUGAUUCUAAUGGAGAUGGUAUACCUGAUUGUAUUGUUAAGGAUUCAGAUGGUGAUCAUAUUCCUGACCAUAUUGACACAGAUGAUGAUAAUGAUGGUAUACCGGAUUUACAAGAUCCAGAUCAUCCCAAUUUCGAUUAUUUACGUGAUUCGGAUAAGGAUGGUAUUCCUGAUACACUAGACAUGGAUGAUGAUAAUGAUGGUAUACCAGAUAGCAUGGAUUUUGAUUCAGAUGGUGAUGGAUCGGAUGAUCUGUUUCAAGAUAUUGACAAAGAUGGGGUACCGGAUAGUGUAGAUGAUGAUAUGAAUAAUGAUGGGAUACCUGAUCAUAAACAAGAUCAUGAUUGUGAUGGAAUCCCAGACAUUGUUGACCCUGAUGAUGAUAACGAUGGUUAUUUUGACACAAAACAGGAUAGCGACAAUGAUGGUAUAUUGAAUGAAUGGGACGAUGAUGAUGAUAAUGAUGGUAUUCCAGAUGUGGAUGAUGAAGAUUCGAAUGGUGAUGGGAUCAUUGAUUGUCAGCCACAUGAUAGUGAUAAUGAUGGAAUACCCGAUCACAUCGAUGAAGAUGAUGAUAACGAUGGUAUACCAGAUCAACGAGAUCCUGAUUCAAUGUCAUUUCUGCUGUAUAAACAUAAGCGUUUUCUUGAAGCUAUCCCAGCUCAUAUUGCACGACAAGAAGCCAACUUGUUAAAUGUCGAUUUAGGCGAUCCAAACGAUAAAGAUUGUGAUGGUAUUCCAGAUCAUAUUGAUAAUGACUUGGAUAAUGAUGGAAAAAUCGACAGAACACAAGAUUCAGAUAUGGAUGGAUUAUUAAAUCACAUAGACGAGGAUGAUGAUAAUGAUGGUAUUCCUGAUGUAUUAGAUCCUGAUGCAAAUGGUGAUGGUAUUCCAGAUUGUCGACGUGAUGGUGGAUUACAUUAUAAAUUAGUUAAAUCACCUUCUGGUUUAAUUAAAAAAGUAUUAAGAAUACGUGAACCAACACAAGAAGAACAACACCAAGCCUAUAUGGUUAAUGAAGCUAAACGUAAAUUAAUACGUAUUCGUGCUAAACUACGUGAACCUUUACCAAAGAAUACAAUACAAGCAAUUCCAUCAUUUGAUUUCAAUGAUAACAAGAAUGAUAAUCCAGAUAAUCAUCAUAAUGUUAAUGAAAUAAAAUCUAAAAUAAAGUCAUUUAAUUCAAAAUCUGUUCAAUCUAAUAUCAAUUCAAAAAAUGAACAUACAAUUAAACAUAAUCCAAAUAAUAAACAAGAAAAUGGCGGUAAUAUAAAUCCAAAGAAAACAUCAGUGCAAGGAAUCAAAUCUACUGGUUCCCCUUCUUCAAAACAAUCAAAUCAACAACAAAUACCACCAAAACAUAUCAAGGAACAAAAUACUGUUAAAUUAAAUAAUAAACAACAAAAUCGUAAAUUAGCAGAAAGUUUAACACCAAAUGAAAAUACUGAUUCAUUUUAUUCUUUAGAUAAAGACAUUUUACUGAAUAUUCAUGAUAUAAAUGAUUACCCUGAUCAUGUUUCUACUCCCUUUGAUAAUGCUAGCGAUGAUGAUGAUGACGAUGAAAUAGAGAAUGAUCAAGAAGUUAAUUUAGCUGAUGCAAACUUAAAAUCAUCAAUAUUUGGCAGUUUUUUAUUGCCUGGAGCAGAAGCAGGAACAGCUGAUGAAGUAACUGGAUCACAUAGAAAAAAUAUCAAGAAAAUGAAACAAAACGAAGAAACACAAAUGAAAAAAGUUGAUAAAUUAAAAGUAAAAGAAAAACAGAAGGUUAAUGAAAAUGACAAAAGGUUACACUCCACAAAAAAUAAACAAUCAUGUGACGUCCAUUCAUGUCAAACAACACAAAAUAACCAGAUGAAAACUCACCGAAAAUCUCAUUCUAUAACAAAUUAUUUAUCUAGGCAUGAUGAAGAUGAUCAUGAUGACGAAGAUGAAACAUCGCUAGACUCAGAUGGUGACGGUAUACCGGAUUAUAUGGAAGAUGAAAAUGGCAAUGGUAUUCCCGACUACCUAGAAGAUGAUGAUAAUGAUGGCAUUCCAGAUCAUUUAGAAAGUGAUUCAGAUGGAGACGGUAUUCCAGAUUAUAUGGAAGAUGAUGAUGGAGAUGGAAUACCAAACUACUUAGAAGACGAAGAUGAAAAUGGCGUUCCAGAUUACCUGGAAAAUUGUAAAAACAGCAAAAAUCAAGGUAAGUAUAAAAUAAACGAACGUCGAGUUCGCAAACAUAAAAAUAAAGAAACACGUAAAGAUGAAAAUAAAAAAAAUAUGAGAUACAGAAAAAACAUCAAUAAAAAGAUGCACAGUCAACAACUAUACUCACACAAUGAACACCACGAAGACGAUUCUGAUGAUGACGGUAUCCCUGACCACCAGGAAGAUGAGGAUGGUGACGGAAUUCCAGACUACCUGGAAGACGAUGACGGGGACGGCAUUCCCAAUUAUCUCGAAACCAGUCACCUCAAGAGAGCAAGCAAAUUACCAAAACAUAUCGACAGGGAUGGUGAUGGAAUUCCAGACCAUCUAGAGGGUGAUUCUGAUGGUGACGGUAUCCCUGACCACCAGGAAGAUGAGGAUGGUGACGGAAUUCCAGACUACCUGGAAGACGAUGACGGGGACGGCAUUCCCAAUUAUCUCGAAACCAGUCACCUCAAGAGAGCAAGCAAAUUACCAAAACAUAUCGACAGGGACGGUGAUGGAAUUCCAGACCAUCUAGAGGGUGAUUCUGAUGGUGACGGUAUCCCUGACCACCAGGAAGAUCAGGAUGGUGACGGAAUUCCAGACUACCUGGAAGACGAUGACGGGGACGGCAUUCCCAAUUAUCUCGAAACCAGUCACCUCAAGAGAGCAAGCAAAUUACCAAAACAUAUCGACAGGGACGGUGAUGGAAUUCCAGACCAUCUAGAGGGUGAUUCUGAUGGUGACGGUAUCCCUGACCACCAGGAAGAUGAGGAUGGUGACGGAAUUCCAGACUACCUGGAAGACGAUGACGGGGACGGCAUCCCCAAUUAUCUCGAAACCAGUCACCUCAAGAGAGCAAGCAAAUUACCAAAACAUAUCGACAGGGACGGUGAUGGAAUUCCAGACCAUCUAGAGGGUGAUUCUGAUGGUGACGGUAUCCCUGACCACCAGGAAGAUGAGGAUGGUGACGGAAUUCCAGACUACCUGGAAGACGAUGACGGGGACGGCAUUCCCAAUUAUCUCGAAACCAGUCACCUCAAGAGAGCAAGCAAAUUACCAAAACAUAUCGACAGGGACGGUGAUGGAAUUCCAGACCAUCUAGAGGGUGAUUCUGAUGGUGACGGUAUCCCUGACCACCAGGAAGAUGAGGAUGGUGACGGAAUUCCAGACUACCUGGAAGACGAUGACGGGGACGGCAUUCCCAAUUAUCUCGAAACCAGUCACCUCAAGAGAGCAAGCAAAUUACCAAAACAUAUCGACAGGGAUGGUGAUGGAAUUCCAGACCAUCUAGAGGGUGAUUCUGAUGGUGACGGUAUCCCUGACCACCAGGAAGAUGAGGAUGGUGACGGAAUUCCAGACUACCUGGAAGACGAUGACGGGGACGGCAUUCCCAAUUAUCUCGAAACCAGUCACCUCAAGAGAGCAAGCAAAUUACCAAAACAUAUCGACAGGGACGGUGAUGGAAUUCCAGACCAUCUAGAGGGUGAUUCUGAUGGUGACGGUAUCCCUGACCACCAGGAAGAUGAGGAUGGUGACGGAAUUCCAGACUACCUGGAAGACGAUGACGGGGACGGCAUUCCCAAUUAUCUCGAAACCAGUCACCUCAAGAGAGCAAGCAAAUUACCAAAACAUAUCGACAGGGACGGUGAUGGAAUUCCAGACCAUCUAGAGGGUGAUUCUGAUGGUGACGGUAUCCCUGACCACCAGGAAGAUGAGGAUGGUGACGGAAUUCCAGACUACCUGGAAGACGAUGACGGGGACGGCAUUCCCAAUUAUCUCGAAACCAGUCACCUCAAGAGAGCAAGCAAAUUACCAAAACAUAUCGACAGGGACGGUGAUGGAAUUCCAGACCAUCUAGAGGGUGAUUCUGAUGGUGACGGUAUCCCUGACCACCAGGAAGAUGAGGAUGGUGACGGAAUUCCAGACUACCUGGAAGACGAUGACGGGGACGGCAUUCCCAAUUAUCUCGAAACCAGUCACCUCAAGAGAGCAAGCAAAUUACCAAAACAUAUCGACAGGGACGGUGAUGGAAUUCCAGACCAUCUAGAGGGUGAUUCUGAUGGUGACGGUAUCCCUGACCACCAGGAAGAUGAGGAUGGUGACGGAAUUCCAGACUACCUGGAAGACGAUGACGGGGACGGCAUUCCCAAUUAUCUCGAAACCAGUCACCUCAAGAGAGCAAGCAAAUUACCAAAACAUAUCGACAGGGAUGGUGAUGGAAUUCCAGACCAUCUAGAGGGUGAUUCUGAUGGUGACGGUAUCCCUGACCACCAGGAAGAUGAGGAUGGUGACGGAAUUCCAGACUACCUGGAAGACGAUGACGGGGACGGCAUUCCCAAUUAUCUCGAAACCAGUCACCUCAAGAGAGCAAGCAAAUUACCAAAACAUAUCGACAGGGACGGUGAUGGAAUUCCAGACCAUCUAGAGGGUGAUUCUGAUGGUGACGGUAUCCCUGACCACCAGGAAGAUGAGGAUGGUGACGGAAUUCCAGACUACCUGGAAGACGAUGACGGGGACGGCAUUCCCAAUUAUCUCGAAACCAGUCACCUCAAGAGAGCAAGCAAAUUACCAAAACAUAUCGACAGGGACGGUGAUGGAAUUCCAGACCAUCUAGAGGGUGAUUCUGAUGGUGACGGUAUCCCUGACCACCAGGAAGAUGAGGAUGGUGACGGAAUUCCAGACUACCUGGAAGACGAUGACGGGGACGGCAUCCCCAAUUAUCUCGAAACCAGUCACCUCAAGAGAGCAAGCAAAUUACCAAAACAUAUCGACAGGGACGGUGAUGGAAUUCCAGACCAUCUAGAGGGUGAUUCUGAUGGUGACGGUAUCCCUGACCACCAGGAAGAUGAGGAUGGUGACGGAAUUCCAGACUACCUGGAAGACGAUGACGGGGACGGCAUUCCCAAUUAUCUCGAAACCAGUCACCUCAAGAGAGCAAGCAAAUUACCAAAACAUAUCGACAGGGACGGUGAUGGAAUUCCAGACCAUCUAGAGGGUGAUUCUGAUGGUGACGGUAUCCCUGACCACCAGGAAGAUGAGGAUGGUGACGGAAUUCCAGACUACCUGGAAGACGAUGACGGGGACGGCAUUCCCAAUUAUCUCGAAACCAGUCACCUCAAGAGAGCAAGCAAAUUACCAAAACAUAUCGACAGGGACGGUGAUGGAAUUCCAGACCAUCUAGAGGGUGAUUCUGAUGGUGACGGUAUCCCUGACCACCAGGAAGAUGAGGAUGGUGACGGAAUUCCAGACUACCUGGAAGACGAUGACGGGGACGGCAUCCCUAAUUUUCUGGAAAAUAAUGGUGCUGCAUCAGUUUAUUUUAAUUUUUUGCGUAAAUCGAUCAUGAAUUUCAAGUCGUCGGAUUCAGACGACAAUGUUAUUCAUGAUUACCUGCGUAGUGACGCUGAUGGUGAUGGUGUUCCAGACUAUCUAAAAGAUAGUGAUAAUGACGGAGUUCCAGAUUUUAUGGAAGAUGAUGAUGGUGAUGGAACACCAAACUAUUUAGAUGUCGAUUCCAAAGGACAAUCCUUGCAUCAUACAAUUUCGUAUAAAAAGCACUACGAUUUCAAUAAAAAUGGCAUACCAGAUGACUUAGAAAGUGAUCAGGAUGGAGAUGGCAUCCUUGACUUCAUGGAAGAUUCUGAUGACGAUGGUAUUCCAGAUUAUCUAGAGGAUUCAGAUAAUGAUGGAUUCCCAAACUAUUUAGAUGAUACAUUUAACUCCAAACGUGAUAUCCAUUUAAAAUUUGAAGAUAAAAAUAAGAAUGGGAUACCGGAUCAUUUAGAAAAUGAUUCUGACUAUGACGGAGUUCUUGACUAUUUAGAAGAUUCUGAUAGAGAUGGUAUACCAGACUAUUUAGAAGAUACUGAUGCAGAUGGUACACCAGAUUACAUGGAUGAAGAUGCUGUUACACAAUUUUCUCCGAGAAAAAUACGCCAUCGUGGCAGCGGUCGAAAAUUUGCUGAUGCUGAUAGAGAUGGAAUACCAGAUCAUUUAGAAGGUGAUAUUAAUCAAAACAAUAUCAUUGACUAUUUAGAAGAUUUGGAUAAUAACAGUAUACCGGAUUAUCUUGAAGAUUCUGACAAAGAUGGUAUACCAGACUAUUUAGACGAAGAUGCUAAUACAAAGUUUUCACCCAAGGUAUUAAGAUCAUUAAAACCAGUCAGACAUUAUGCUGACAUAGACGGUGAUUACAUACCAGACCAUUUGGAAGAAGAUAAUGAUGGUGAUGGAAUUCCAGACUACCAAGAAGAUUCUGAUUCGAAUGGUAUCCCAGAUUAUUUAGAAGAUAGUGAUGGUGAUGGUAUACCGGAUUACAUAGAUGAGGAUGCUACGACACAGUUUUCACCGAAAAAAUAUCGUAAAUUACGUUCUUCUAUGAAAUUUGAAGAUGAAGACGGUGAUGGUAUACCAGAUCAUUUACAAGGUGAUUCCGAUGGUGAUGGAAUUUUAGAUUUUCUUGAAGAUAGCGAUGGUGAUGGUUUACCAGACUAUUUAGAAGAUGCUGACGGUGAUGGUAUUCCAGAUUAUUUAGAUGAAGACGCAAAUAGUCAAUUCUCACCGAAACAUUUCACUGACAAAAAUAAAGAUGGUAUACCGGAUCAUUUAGAAGGUGAUUCAGACGGUGAUGGUACACCGGAUUAUCUUGAAGAUACUGAUCAAGAUGGUGUCCCAGAUUAUUUAGAAGAUUCCGAUAAUGAUGGUAUACCGAAUUAUUUAGAUAAUGAUGUUGUUGAUGUGGAAGUUGAAGCAGUUAUUGAAGCGUAUGAUAAAGAUACUAACAAUAAUGGGAUGGCAGAUUAUUUAGAAGAUUGGGAUGGUGAUGGUAUACCAAAUUAUCUUGAAGAUGAAGAUCACGAUGGUAUUGUAGACUUCUUGGAUAAACAAGAUAAUCGUUUAUUAAGAAGAUUGACUAAAAAUAAGAAAUCAAAAUUUCAAAAUCCAAAUGAUAAAAAUGCCAAUUUUAUACCGGAUCAUGUAGAGGAUGAUUUAGAUGGUAAUGGAAUUCCAGAAUUUAAACAAGAUUCUGACGGUGAUGGUAUACCGGAUUACUUAGAUGAAGAUUAUUUUCAUCACUUUUUAAAGGCAUCAAAAAAACAUACUAAAAAGAAAAGAAAAGAAAGUAAAAAAUCUUCGAGUAAAAUCAAAGCCGUCCCUGGGAUCCUAGACAGUUUGGAUCAUGAUACAAAUAGUGAUGGUGUACUGAAAGAGAAAGUUACUGAUCGAAAUAACAACGGGAUACCAGAUAAUCUAGAGAUGAAAGACUCUGACAAUGAUGGAAUUCCCGACGAUCAAGACGAUGACGACGAUAAUGAUGGUAUCAAGGAUUAUCACAAAGAUCGAAAUGGCAAUCAGAUGUUGGAUAUUCUUGAAGCAAAAGAUACAGAUGGUGAUGGCAUUCCUGAUUAUCUAGAUGACGACGAUGAUGGGGACGGUAUACCUGAUUGCGAUGACGAUGAUGACGAUGGUGAUGGAAUCAUUGAUCUACUUGAUACAGAUGACGAUAACGAUAAUAUACCAGACUACUUAGAUAGUGAUUCCGAUGGAGAUAGUAUUGACGAUAAAAAGCAAGACAGAAAUCGUCAUAAAACUACUAAUCCAAAAGAAACUGUCAAGAAAAAUAAAGAAACCAAAACGAUGGUGCAUUCCCCUUCACCUAAACCUCAACUACCAGGACAUUCAAAAAGCAAAUCACUACCUAAAAAGACCAUGGAAGAUUAUGAUAAUGAAGACAGUGAAAAAACUGAUGAUGAUUAUGACAAAAAGAAACUAUCUAAAAUGAAAGACAGUGGUAUCAAUAGUGACAAUGAUGAUGAAGAUGAUAAUGAAGACGAAGAUGACGUCGAUGAAGCAGAUGAUGGCAAACCUAUGACGAAAACUAGGUCUAUAG